CUCACACAUGCGGGGUCGGCUCCGUGCUCGUGCGGGGGGGGGGGGGUCGUGUAUGUAGCUGGAUGCAGGGAUCUCGCCUUCUCCAUCGUCUCCUCACAGAGGUGUCAGGUUCUUUAGCUCCUACAUGAGACGUCUCCCCUGCUCGUCUCGUGAAGCCACGUCGUGACCCCGGACAUUUCUGUUGGGUUGAUCCUGAAGUUCUGGAGAAGUCUCUUGAGCAUGGAGUCGAGGAACGGCAAAGAGCAGGAGCUCACCCGGAUCACCCCUGAGAUGCUGAAGUCUAAAACCGGGGAGUUUGACCUGGAGUCCAUCCUGUUCCUGAAGCUGAGGGGUCUGGGGCUGCAGGAUUUGGGGUGUAUAGGGGAAUGCCUGAACCUGGAACGUUUAGACCUGUCCGACAACAAUGUCACCCACCUGGCCCCCCUGUCCUCCCUCAAGCAGAUGGUGGCCCUAAAUCUUUCCAGCAACCGGAUCUCCUCCUUGGAACCAUUGGCUUCUUGUGACAACCUCCAGACCCUAAAUGUGGCCGGGAACCUUCUGUGCAGCUUCGAGAGCCUGCAGUGUCUGAAAGGUCUCCGUAGACUGGAGAGCAUCCGCCUUCGGGACCCCGUCUACAACUUGAGCAACCCCCUCUGUGCCAACGGCUCGUAUAGAGUGGCCGUGAUGGAUACCAUCCCUAGCGUCCGGGUCAUUGAUGGGGAGAGAGUGACUGGCACCGGGAGUGACCUGUACCACCUCUGUAAAGACAUUGAUAAUUCCUUAAAGAGGGUCAGCAGCAGCGGAGCCAUUGAGGUCUCCGGGGCCAUCAAGCCUUGGGUGGAAGAAGGAUACUGGGACCUGAAGCCCACCCAGAGCACCAUCAUCGAUGAGACCUAUAAACAAUUCAGUGAUAUCCUACGAGAGUGUAAGGAGCUGAGCAAGAGAGCGGACGACACCAUCGCCCAGGCCGAAAGAACCCUCAGCAUAAGAGGAGACACCAACUCCUACGUCUUCUGAGCCAACGUCCAUGGAAGGAAAUGUUGUGGUCAGGGCUGGUCACACCACAGUAGAUUUUGUCUUCUUUACCAAGGGACAAACAUCUCCAACUUUCCUUGGUAGACUUGUUAUGUUGGGUAACAGUUCCACCUUUUCUUCUGUUUGUCAGUCUUCACUGUCUUUCCUACAUUUUCUUCCUGGGAAACUUGCUACAAAAUUAUACUGAGAAUGCAUGAUCUACAAUAAAAUCUGCAUCUG